AAAAAAAAACUCAGAUUUGGAGCCCUUUUCAAUUCCAUUAUUAUCAGAUCUCGUCUUCUUCUCCCCCGCGAAUUUGAAUUGGAAACUGAACGAAAUUCAGCGGACGGAGACAAUAAUUCUGGAACUUGAAUCGUCUUUUUCCGAUCUGGUUCUCCUUUUCUGUUCCCCUGGAAAAACCCUAGGGGAAUCGAGGUUUCUAGGGUUUGGUUGCCGGGAUCUGAUUUCUCUGUUGUUUAGUGUUUUGUUUUAUUUUUUUUUUGAAUUGCUGUGAUGAAUGAUCAGGCGCAGCAGAUGAUGAUGGGCGGUGGUUCCGGCCGGGCGGGUCCGGUGAUGAACCCGCUUCCGGCGGGACCUCCGAUCAUGAGCCAGGCGCCUCCUCCGCCGGUGAUGGCGAUGACCAUGGGGCAGCCGGGUCAGCUGAUGAACCCGGUUCAGCCGCAGAUGAUGAACCCUACCAACCAGCCUCCGCAGCAGAUGCUGAGCCAUGGCCCAGCCAUGAGCCAGCAGCAGAUGAUGAUGAAGAAUCAGCAGAUGGGGUAUAAUCCAUGGCCGCAGCAGCAGAAUCAGCUGCAUCCUGGGAAGUUCGGGUAUUUUGUGCCGCCGUCGAAGCCCAGAACGAGUAACAACAACUGGAAGGGUAAGAAUAAGGACCGGAGGAUGUCUAAUAGCAAAUCCAACAACAACAAUGGCAACGUUAGUGGUGGCAGCAGCUUAACCGGUUCCGGUGGUGUUGCUGGAGGAGCGAGUUACAUACCGCCCAGUCUUAAUGAGCUGCAAAACCAGAACUGGAUGAAAACUCAGAAGCACUAUCACCAUGGCAAGAAGAAGUAUAACAACCGUUAUGCUCCGUAUGCUCCUAGGAACAGUACGUCGUUCAUUAUCCGUGCCAAGAAGUCCGGUGGGAUUGCGUCGCUGGUGUCGCCUUGUCCUGUUACCCCUGCUGUUCUGCCAACGCCGGACAUUGAAAUUCACCCGAUGGAGGUGCUUGGUGAUGUGGCUAAGGAGGAAUGGGGAGUUGAUGGGUACGGAUCGAUGAAAGGUUUGAUUAGGUUGAGGUCGCCGGGUCAUGAGAUGGAGGCGAAUGAAGAUGACGAGGAAGACGAAGGUAGCGGGUCGAGUGAGAGUGACGUGGAGGAACAUGUGGAGGUGGAGAGAAGGUUGGAUCAUGAUUUGAGUAGGUUUGAGAUGAUAUAUCCUAGUAAUGCUGGAGGGGAGUAUAGUUAUAAUAACCUUUUGGAGAACAGGGUAGAUGAUCAGGACACUCAUAUAGCACAGCUAGAGGAAGAGAACUUGACCUUGAAGGAGAGGCUGUUUCUGAUGGAGAGCGAGUUGGAUGAUUUGAGGAGGAGGAUGGAGUUUUUGGAGAGGCAGCAUCAUCCUCCUCGCGGGCAGGGCAAUAGGGGUGGUAGAGUUAUGGAGGAAGUUAAUGAAGAAACUGUGGAGAAUGUCUCUGAGAAUGGUUUGAACGAGUCCGAAGGUCAUGGUGAGUCAGAUGAUGUUGCUGAUAACAAGGAGAUGCCGAGGAUGGAGCACCUCGAUGGAGGUAAAGAGCCCUCUAAGGACGAGAAUAAUGUUAAUGAGAACAAUAGAGACGAUGUCAAGUCAGAGACCAAUGAUAUUUGUAUGUUGGAGUCUGGUGAUGAAGUUGUUGAAAAGAAAGAGGUAAAGUGUGAAGAGGGUAGGGAUCCUUUGGCGACAGAUGCAUUAGUAUCUAACAAGGAAGAACCCAGGGAUAACGUGAUGCCAGAAGAGGUAACUGCAUUGGGAGGAAAUUGUGGUGUGAAGGACAUCUUAGAGGACAAAGUAGAUGGUGGAUCAGGACAAGUGCAGUUCUUCUAUCAUAUUAUGUGGGCUUGUUUUUCGAAAUCUUCCAUCAGAGCUGCGGUUCAGCGACAUGGAGAUAGCGAAUUCGGACAGCGAGGCAUUCGAGUACCCUAUUUGAGGCUCCUCAUCCUGAUUGUACGAGGCUCUCGGCAGAUCCUGACCUGUCCAUAUUACACGACCAGUGAGCUUAGCUGGUUCUGUGAAACUUGCUCUCUGACCAGAGUGAAGAUGAAGGCCACUUGAUGAGGACACAAUAGGGCGCAGAACUCGGCCAUAAACUUGAUCAGUACAGUGGCUGGAUUCUUUGCUGGAUCACGGAAGUAAUUUUUUUGGGCUGCUUAUGGUUUUCUUUGGACCGGCCCGCGAAAAUAUAUAUGGGCUCAAGUGAUAAUUCUAGCGUGGAAAUUGGUAUGGUAUCGGUAUCGAAUACCAAAUAUUAAAAUUUCGAAUUAUACCUUAAAAUCAAUUUCAAUCCCAACCCGAAAUAAUUUUGGUAUCACAAUUUCAAUUCCACCUAAAUAUUUUGGUAUCACAAUUGGUAUUAUCUAAUAUGAAAUUAAUUAUGUUUGCAAUUAAUAAUUAAAAUUAUAAAUUAGAUUUGAUGUUUAAUCAAGGGUAAAUAGACUAACAAAAGUCUCGAGUAUACCUACAGGCUACAGCU